UUCUGGAGUCACUUGUCAAGGCUGAGCCUAAGCUGAGCCCAGCCUGAGCCUGUGCCACGACCAAGAUGAUCCUGACGCUGCUGCUCGGCCUUGGGGGGCUCCUUGGCUGGGGCCUGCUGGGAGCCUGGGCCCAGUUCCCCAGUACCAGGUUCCCAGACCCACACGCCUCCAGGCUGCCUGAGGUCGAGAGGACAGAGGCUGAGGACACCGGCAGGGACCCUGUCAGACGUAACUGGUGCCCCUACCAGAAGUCCAGGCUGGUCACCUUCGUAGCCACUUGCAAAAUGGAGAAAUUCCUUGUCCACUCGCAGCAGCCAUGUCCACAGGGGGCUCUGGAAUGCCAGAAGGUCAAAGUCAUGUACCGCAUGGCCCAGAAGCCGGUGUACCAGGUCAAGCAGAAGGUGCUGACCUCUGUGGCCUGGAGGUGCUGUCCAGGCUUUGGAGGCUCUGACUGUCAACACCACGCCCCCACAGCAAUCCCUGAGCCUGCAGAUCCAAGUGAUGGCCGCCGGGAGCCUUGGGACUGGCCAGUCAACUUGAAACCUGGCCACCUGCCUGCAGAGAUCAACGAGGUUGAGGCGCGACAGGGACAGCAGGAACGUCUGCUGGGAGAUCUCCAGAAUGACGUUCACCAGAUGGCAGACAGCCUCCCAGGCCUGUUACUAAACUUCACAGCUGUGACGGAGAUGGCGAUGGAGGCAAACCACACAGAGCGUGAGCUUCUGGGCAAAUCCUCGGAACAAACGCUGUCGCCGCACAUGGGUGCCUUCCAGGAGGUCCAUUUCAGCCCCAUCUGGAGGAGCAUCAACGAAAGCCUGCACAGCCUCUUCCAGGCCAUAAGAAACCUGUCUCUUGAUGUGGAGGUCAACCGCCAGGCCAUCAAGCAAGUCCAGGAAAGCACCGUGGCCAGGGCUGACUUCCAGGAGCUGGGUGCCAAAUUUGAGGCCAAGGUCCAGGAGAACGCCCAGAGAGUGGGCCAGCUGCAGCGGGACGUGGACGACCGCCUCCAUGCCCAGCAGCUUGCCCUGCACCACUCACUGUCUGAGGUCCAGGCCCAUGUGGACACCAAGUUGAAGCAGCUGCACAAGGCCCAGGAGGCACUGGGGACCAAUGGCAGCCUGGUGGUGGCAGGGGCUGCCGCAAGGCCAGAGCCGGAGAGCCUGCAGGCCAGGCUGGGCCAGCUGCAGAGGAACCUCUCGGCGCUGCACGUGGCCUCGGGCCGCAGGGAGGAGGAGCUGCAGAGCACCCUCAAGGACAUGAGGGCCACCCUGGCCCGGCACGUGGAUGAGAUCCAGGAGCUGUACUCCGAAUCGGACGAGACCUUCGAUCAGAUCAGCAAGGUGGAGCGGCAGGUGGAGGAGCUGCAGGUGAACCACACUGCGCUCCGGGAGCUGCGGGUGAUCCUGAUGGAGAAGUCACUGAUCACGGAGGAGAACGAGCAGGAGGUGAAGAGGCAGCUCCUGGAGCUCAACCUGACGCUCCAGCACCUGCAGGGUGGCCACGCUGACCUUAUCAAAUACGUCAAGGACUGCAGCUGCCUCCGGGAGGGCCACAGGGACGGCUCCUCCGUGCGGGCCCCGAGCGGCGCCGUGGACGCGCAGGAGGCGCAGGGCGAGCGGGCGGCGGCGGCGCGGCUCCGGAGCCAGAUGCAGGCGCUGGCCGGCGAGGUGCGCGCGCUGCAGGCGGCCGCGGGCGAGACCCGGCGCGACGUGCGCCAGCUGCACAGCUCCUUCGCGGCCCUGCUGGAGGACGCGCUGAGGCACGAGGCCGUGCUGGCCGCCCUCUUCGGGGAGGAGGCGAUGGACGACAUGUCGGACGAGGCGCCGGGCCAGCUGCCCCUGAGCUACGAGCAGAUCCGCGUGGCCCUGCAGGAGGCGGCCAGCGGGCUACAGGAGCAGGCGCUCGGCUGGGACGCGCUGGCCACCCGGGUGGCGGCCCUGGAGCAGGCCGCGGGCGGUGGCCUGGAGCUGCCACAGCCGGCCACGACGGAGCCCAGCCGGCACGGGCGGUGCUGCGAGGCCUCCUGGGCCGCCUCCCUGAACGGCUCCCUCCAGAGCCUCCACCAGGAGCUCUCCGCCACCGAGCAGGGCUUGGGGCAGCACCGGCAGCUCUUCCACAGUCUUUUUGGAAACUUCCAAGGGCUCGUGGCAGCCAACGUCAGCCUAGACCUGGGGAAGCUGCAUGCCGUGCUGAGCAGGAAAGGGAAGAAGCAACAGAAAGGCCUGGAAGCUCCCCGAAAGAGGGACAAGAGGCAAGUGGAGCCUUUGGCGGAUGCCGCUGUCAAAGGGCCGGUGCCCGGUGCCCUAGGAGCAGCGCUCUGGGAGGCAGGCUCCCCCGUGGCCUUCUACGCUGGCUUUGCAGAGGGGACGGCUGCCCCGCAGAUGGUGAAGUUCAACACGACAUACAUCAACAUUGGCAACAGCUACGUCCCUGAACAUGGCUACUUCCGAGCCCCUGAGCACGGCAUCUACCUAUUUGCAGUGAGCACUGAAUUCGGCCCAGGCCCAGGCACUGGGCAGCUGGUGUUUGGGGGUCACCGUCGGACCCCAGUCUGUACCACUGAGCAGAGUGGGGGAAGCAUGGCCACCACCUUUGCUAUGGCUGAGCUGCAAAAGGGCGAGAGAGUAUGGUUUGAGUUAACCCAGGGAUCAGUAACAAAGAGAAGCCCACCGGGCACUGCAUUCGGGGGCUUCCUGAUGUUCAAGACCUGAACCCUGGGCGCAGCUCUGAUCAGUCAUCGUGGGCUUGCCCGGCUCUCCUUGGCCUGGGCUCUGGCCUGGAACAGUCUGGAGACCAUUCAGCAAGUCUAGCUCUUCCCUGGAAACCUCCUGCAAAGACAAUGCGGUAUGUGUGGCCUCGCUCUAGAGGCGCUGGGUCUGGGUGUUUCUCAGUGAUGAGAACUGGACCGCUUCUCCCCGGGUGGAACCUGGUCCUGUGAAGUGUGAAUCUCAGCUGGUCGUGCCUUCUCAGACAGCAUGGCUUGGACUCCAGCUUUGUUGCACCCUGUAUUCUACAACUUUUGUGCUUUGCUCCUCCUGUGGUUGGAAACUGCUGUACACUUUAAUCCUCUCCUGAUUCCUCUUCUUGAUCGUAUGCUAGAAAGUCAUGCUUCCUUCCCCAGAAGGAAUGUUUGAGAUGGAGGUGACAUUUGGCCAAUAUUGGAAACCAGUCUCCAACCACUAGAGGGCAAUAUGAUAAAAGCGACCCAUUUGGGCUGUCAUCAGAAAGGAGACAAAGACCUGGUUGAGUUAAUCAAUGGAGAUGAAAUCAGCAUCUUUCCUUUAGUUUCAGCCACUCCUUGUACUUACCUGUAAUCUGUCUUUUUACCUUCCUCGCUUCCUCCUGUGUCUUAUGACCGUCCUCGUUCUCAUUAGCAUCCCUGACCAGGAAGGGAGCUGGGGGCAGGGAAGGAACACUGUAGAAGUCUCCCCCAGCAACGCCAACAUUGGAAUAAAGU